AUGGAGGAGUGCUCGAAGAAGACCGGGCCGAGACACGAGGGGACGCAGCGGAAGGUGAGGUUCAAGCUGGCGUCCUCGUACAGCGGCCGCGUGCUGAAGCACGUGUAUGAGGACGGCCAGGAACUGGACAGUCCCGAGGAGAAGUAUCCUCACAGCUUCAUUCACACCAAGAUCCCUGAGCACCUGGAUGUGGAGCAGCUCUGUGGCUUUAAGGAGGGUCAGGAUGUAGAUCCUCCAACAGGCCUUAUAGCGCAGCGCAUCAACGUGUACCGAGCGGUGAGCGGCUUCAGGCCUUUGACGUCUAGCGAUCAGCAAGGUGAAAAAGCACCGGUUUUAGACUUCGAGAAGAUCAUCAUCUACACCAGCAACCUGAAGAUCGUCCGAUCUCCUCGUAAAAAAGCAGAGAGCGGUGUCAGCUAUCAUCACAGUCGAGGAGAAAGACGAGAGGGUUCUCCGGGCCGGGAGUCCAGAUCCAAAGGGAGACACAGAACCAAAAGUGCACGCAAGGAGGAACGAUGUCCGCCUCCCAAGGCAGAGGAGACACAGGAGACGGGCGGCUGUGAUCAGUGUGGAGGUUCGGGUUCCGCCCCGUGUUCCCUGUGCCACGGCAGUAAGCUGUCCAUGUUGGCCAACCGCUUCAACGAGUCUAUCCGAGAGUUACGCUGCCCCGCCUGCGAUCCACACGGCUUAGAGCCAUGUCAGUCGUGCGUGCAGGAAACGUUCCCGAAAUAA